AUGGAGACUUUACCAAAAAGUCCCGUUUUGAAUUUCCGACCAGACACUUUGAACGCUGUCCGCAAGACUUUUGACUUAGACGGACCAGGAAGAAUGAAAGAAGCUGUCGACAUUCUGGAUGAAUGGGUAAAGAAACAGGAACAUUUCGUGAAGAAAAACUUUUCUCGAGAUUAUUUGGAAAUAACAAUAAUAUGUAGCAAAGGCUCCAUAGAAAGGGCUAAGAAGCGAAUAGAUAAAAUGUGCACAUUGAGAACGUUUGUGAAGGGCUUGUUUGGAAACUAUGAUUUGAAGAACGACUUUAAGCACGUAUUCGGUGAAAAGAUAACACAGGCCAUUCUACCUACUUUAACGAAGGAUCACUGCAGAGUAUUCAUUUUAAGAUUCAACAAGGUACCUGAUACGAAAGAUUUAGUCGACAUCUACAGGAUUUGGCUUAUAUGUUUCGAGUAUCUCCGAGCACACGACUACGCGAACGGCUAUAUUACUCUUUGUGACUAUAGAGGUUUAAACGUUUUAGAGUUUGUCAGUAACGUUAGUAUUACGGAGAUGCGUAAAGUAACGACUACAAUGGUAGACGGUUAUGGAUGGAGAUUGAGAGGUGUAUAUUACCUAUCCUCAUCGAAAUUUAUAGACACUGGAAUCUCUGUUUUUAAGCAAGUUCUCAGUGCAAAGCUAGGUGAUAGAAUACACGCGAUAAACACACUUGAAAAGUUCUACGAGCAUGUUCCUAAGGAAAUCAUGCCCAAAGACUAUGGCGGCAAUGAAAAGAGUCUGGCUGAGUUACAUGAUGACUGUUUAGAAGAAAUGAGUUCAGAAGAGUUCACGAAAUACAGAAAAGAAAUGAACGAAGCCUGUACUGAUGAAUCUCUUCGACCAGUGGAUACUUUCAACAGUGAGCACAUGGGCAUGCCCGGUACAUUCCGAACUUUGAGUUUAGACUGAUACUUCAAUCCUUACAAAGGGACUAAAACCCACACAAAGGGUUUUUUGAUUUUUUGUUUUUUUGUUUGCUGUACAAUGGUAACGGGUGGUGAAGAAAUAGCAAAGAGAAACAAAAAAAUUACAGGAGAAUAAAGGUACAAUGCACAAAGCUACUAAAGUUAAAAUAACCAAACACAAAUUUGUUUGUCACUCAUUCAGGAAGAUAUCCAAAGAUAUUUUGACUAUCCAAAACGCCGAAGACCAGAUAGUCGAGAAACAUGUUCAAAAAGUUGGUUUAAAAGGUGUGGUCUUUGAAAGGUCUUGUGACAAAUUCGAUAUUGACACAGAGUAUGCCAACCUCCAAGAGAUGAUAGAUGAUGAUGAUAUAAGAGAUGUAUCUCUCUCUAUCCAGAUGUAAAAAUAUACAUCACUAUAAUUGCCCUUUUCUGUAAAUUUUGGUGGUAAAAAUGGCGGCAGAAAUCAUGUACAAGUUAAUCUCUGAGGAGUUUCGCACUAUCUGCUCUAAGAAUACGAAAACUACAAGAAGAUUUUUCUUAUUAAUUUAGAUAUAGAAGGCUAACCCGUACCAGUAUUAUUUUUAAUUACGUGGCUUGAAAAUUGGUCUGACAAUACAAAUUGGUACAUUCGUCAUCGGUCAUCAUUUUAUUUAUAAGAAACUAGAUUAUGAUUGUAAUGAAUCCACAACUAUAAUAAAUAAAUGCAUAAAUUACACAACGGUAAUAUAACCUUUAACAACAGGUAUUUAUUAAGCUUAUUGAAAUAUAAUAUAAACAGUGUAAAUAUAAUAUAAUAUAGUAUUUGAAAGUUUGUAAGUAGAUAAUUUCCUGAAGGGCCUUACCCUGGGGUAUCGUACCCAGAAGGCUGGCAAUAUUUCCCCUUUGAAUAGCUAAACUUAUUUUUUGGCGGAAAUAACUACCUUACCUUGUGGUUACUGGAGACUUCUACGAGGCGAUCUGACAGUUCGUUCGCUAGAAGUUUUGCCUGUGGACCUCGGGUACCCAGGAUUUAAACCGCAAAAGGCACAAAACUGUAGCACUGAGCAAGUUGGCGAAUUUGAACCUUUUGCUGUUCUCAGCCGCGUUGGCGAUAGAGUCUGUGCCACUCAUGCUUGCAAGGAUAUGGGAGGGGGCUACAGUUUCCACGCACUACAGUGUCUCUGUGAGGCUCCACAUACUUAUUAUUAUCCUUAUUACGUUUAAAUAUUCGCCGAUUUUUUCUUGAUGUAGUGUAGGUAUAUUCUAAACAACAUAAACGGUAAUGUUGAAUGCCGCGGCCUAUAGGGUGAUAUUUCGUUUAAUGUACAGUGGAUGUCUUAUGAAACCUGAGUCUUCAGUCGACCUCUUGGUUCUGAGAGCCUUCAUGGGUAUUCACCAGAAAAGAAAAUUGCAGCUUUUGGUUGAAAUUUAUAUUUAAUGUAAUAAAAGAUGAAAUUGACUCAAAACGUUUCCGUAAAACGUCCUUCGCUAAUGAUACCGUAAGGAAGUCAUACGAAAAUUAAUUUUACGUCUUACAGGUUAUAUACUAUAGGUUAAGUUUGUUAAACAACUUUUUUCACACUGAUCUACUCCGAACCAAAUAGAUGAGUAGGGGUCAGUUACCUUAGAGUAUCGACUGUAUCUAUGCGUUCUAUGACACUAUCACCCUGUCACUGUUCCUUUGGCGAGGUCUAAGCAACAGACAAAAUUUUUUUCUCUUUAAAAAAGAUUAAUCCAAGCAAGAGCUUGGAUAGUUCGCUGAGCCAUCAUGAUCUCGUUAUUGACAUAUGUUGUGAUAUUGAUGUGCUAAAGUGCAGACUUACAGACAUUUUGCUUAAUUUUAUUGAGUAAUUUAUGACUGUUGACACAGGUGCGUGUUACUAACACAUGUUUAUUGUUAAUUUUGUUUAAUGAUAAUGUUUGAUUUAUUUUGUCUAAAACUAUAGUUGAAAAUCUGUUACUAUUCCUGUUUUUAUUAAGUCUUGGAAGCUGUUGGUUUUCAAUUAAUAAAUAAAUAAAAAUAGCAAGUAACACGAAGACAUUUA